GCGUCUGAGCUGUCGAUUAGGCUGAUCAGAGCCGGAGCUACGAUGCAGUGACAGUCUACGGGAAGACACGCACAUAUACACGCGCGCACGCAGCGAGGGAGAAGAGGGGAGGGAGAGCACCACACGAAUGCGCACGGGAAAUGAUCCGCUCCUAGACUAUGGCACCGUCGGGCUCGCGUAGUAUCAAGCGGGGCUGUCAGAGAGUUUUGUACUGGAUCCCGGUCCUGUUCAUCGCUCUCAUAGUGGCGUGGUCAUACUACGCGUUUGUUUUGCAGCUUUGCAUAGAAUCCAUCAAAGACACAGGAGAAAAGGUCGUAUACUUGCUGGUGUACCAUGUCAUUUUCAUCAUGUUUGUGUGGGCGUACUGGCAAACCAUCUUCACCAAGCCCAUGAAUCCCCUGAAGGAGUUUCACCUGUCCCACUCUGACAAGGAGCUGCUGGAGCGUGAAGACCGGGGAGAGUCUCAGCAGGAAAUCCUGAGGAGGAUAGCCAAGGAUCUGCCCAUCUACACCCGUACCAACUCCGGAGCAAUCCGUUUCUGUGACCGCUGCCAGCUGCUGAAGCCUGAUCGAUGUCACCAUUGUUCAGUCUGUGAUAAAUGCAUCCUGAAGAUGGAUCACCACUGCCCCUGGGUAAACAACUGUGUGGGAUUCUCCAACUACAAGUUUUUCAUGCUGUUUUUGGCAUACUCGCUACUCUACUGCCUUUUUAUAACUGCUACAGAUCUUCAGUACUUCAUUAAGUUUUGGACUGCCGGAGGUAGAGCACAUUUCCGUCUAAAAGAAUACCUGAAAGGCCUCCCAGACACUCAGGCAAAGUUCCACAUCCUGUUUCUCUUCUUCUCGGCCUCCAUGUUUUCCGUGAGCCUGGCCUCGCUUUUCAUCUACCACUGCUGGCUCGUCUGCAAGAACAGAUCCACUCUCGAGGCUGUGCGUGCUCCGGUGUUCCGCCACGGCACGGAUAAGAACGGCUUCAGUCUGGGUUUCAGUAAGAACUUCCGACAGGUCUUUGGCGAUGAAGUUAAAUACUGGCCAGUUCCUGUUUUCUCCAGUUUAGGUGAUGGCUGCUCGUUCCCAACCUGCCUGGUGAAUCUGGAUCCUGAGCAGCCCUCCUCCCCCACUGACUCCAACCCUCCCAACAAGAGUGCAGCAGAGGGCCGCCAGUUCCCCUCCAAACCACUUAGAGAAAGUCAGAGUCGACUGCUCACCAGCACCCCCUCCUGGUCUGAGAGUGACAGUGCAACAGACAAGGACAGGAAGGGUGCUAGUAACCCAGGGAUGACCAUAGAAAAUGAGGCGUAACCACAUCUGACACUUUCAAACCAGAAAAGUCUGUGCUGCCCCCUCCUCGGUGUCCGUGCCUAUCAGAACGUGAUGUGGUGGUGACAUCAUGAUAUUUGUUGUUUUCUAUAAUGCACACUGCUUCUGAGAGUUUUACAAGACAAGCAAAUGAGAGGAAAUGAAAAACAAUCGUCAUCACUUAUUUCUGUUAUUGUUAUCUGCUGCUGCCUGAAAACUCGAACAAGUCGAUUGUAUUUAAAACUGCAUUCCAAUUACCCCAUUUUCUUCUUUUCUUUUCCUUUUUUUUUUUUUACACAAAUAAGCACAGAGCAGCAGUGGAAGAGUGGACUUUUUGCACUUUACACACUGAAUGAGCUGCUUCUCUACGUUGCAGUUCGUGUCUCAGAAACUCUCAGAAAUACCUGCAAGUCUGUUGGUUUUAUGUUAUUCUCACAGUGUAGCACUUGAGUAGAUGCAGUUUGCCAAAUGUUUGCACUGAGUAUAGAUUAGUAGUGAUGUUAAUGUGCUAUAUAACUGACAUUCCUUCAGCCAUUUCUCAUUUUCUUUUUUGUCAGUGAAGUUGUUUUUUUUUUGGAGGGACUGGGCGCAGGUUUAUCCACCGACCAUGUUGAUUAUUGUGGAAGUUGAUGAAGUGAUGCAUGCUCUCAUCUCAGGAUGUCGACACAAAACCCCCUUGUGAAGUGAACAUGCCCCCCCCCCCCCCCACACACACACACACCCCAAAAAAGUAGUUAAUAGUAAUUAAAUUUCAAUAAGGGCUCUGCUAAAUCUUUAUAGCAUCAUAAGUGAGGAUGUUGCGGUCACACCUAAAAGCUGGUGGUGCUCUGUGCGCGCGACAACGUUCACGCGCAUGCCCCCCCCCCCCCCGCCGCCAAAUAUCUCCUUCAGUACACGUCAAACUGCUGGCCAAAAGCUUUCUGACUGUUCCGUCUACGAAGGGCCCGCCAGCAAAAACAAGCCUCUGUGCAAUGCUGCUGCAGAUCUGUUCCCCAUCAAAAAGCAGAUUCUGUUGUGUUUUAAUAUCUCACAUGUUGUGGAUGUACUGCAGAGCAAAAAAGAAAGAAAAAGAAAAAUCUGCUCCGGUCACUUUGUGUGGUCUAUUUUGACCUUCUGGGGCUGCAAAUGUUUAAACCAUCACUGAAAAUUAAAGAAUGUAUGCUUGUCUCAAAAAACAAAAAAAGAAGCUUCAUAGUGACAGUCUAUGUUUGAUCUAUUUUUCUAUUCUUCUCUCUGUAUGAUUUAAAUAUGGAUGUGAGAGGCAAUGUACUGUACAGUUGUGAUGCCUUAUAAGAAUAAAAUGAGCUCAUCUUCA